UUCUUAAAAUGGUUCUGGGGAAAAGAUGAAAAAGACGUGAAAGCUAUGCCACUCAGUAACAAUACCGUUCAUGGGCGCCCGCAGGGGGGCAAGGGGGGAACUUGCCCUCCCCCCCUGGAUUUAUUGGAUAACAAAUUUUUAGACAAAAAUAGACAACAAAAUUAUUAAAGUAAAGAGAAAAUAAAGAGAAAGUAACUAAGCCGAUGUCCUGUCCGUUCGUUCACCAUACAAAUACGCUACAGAAAAUAAAAGUUUAACAGAUCCCCCCCCCCCCCCCUAGAAAGUUUUCUGCGGGCGCCCAUGAUACCGUUAGCAGAAGAAUAGACGAAAUGAGUGAAGAUAUUGAAAUAAAACUUGUUGAAAAGCUGAAAACUAGAAGAUUCUCAGUGCAAAUAGAUAAAUCAACUUUGAGAGACAGUAAGGCUGUAUUGGAAACUUACGUAAGAUAUCAUGAUAAAGGGUAUUUUGCUGAAGAAAUGUUUUCUGUAAAUCAUUAGAAAGCAUCACUACCGCCAAAUAUCUCUAU